AUGGCUACAAGAAUACUGUAUGCUGAUCGAGGAAAAGGCAUUGCUUACCCGACUGCCUCCAGCCAACGGAAGGGAAUCAGAGCUCCGGAACUGGACACUUCAGAUCUGGUGAGAGAGAACACGCUCACACUCAUAGGGCGCCUGACCAACCGGAGAGAACAAAGGCUAAGAGCUAUGUUCUCCUUCUUCCUGGACCGAUGGGAGCUAAAUAGUAGCUUUGAGGGUUCGGAUCUGGCACAUGACAGCUUCCAGCUGUGCUUCAAGCUAGAGGAGGACCUCCAGAAGGUCCUAGACAACAGACCAUAUCAAUUCGGGCGUUGGAUGGUCAUUGAUAUAUCCAUAUCUUUCAUGUUUUUACCAAGGGAUAUUACACACCAAGAGAUGGACAAGGCUCUUGUUGAUCUCCAGGAUAUUACACACCAAGAGAUGGACAAGGAAUAG